GCCCUCUGAUCCGUAACUGAGUGCGGGACAAAGGCCUCCUGGAGAGCUCACAGCUCCUCAACGCUGAGGCUCCUCUCACUUCCUCACUGCAUGGUCUGAGUGUUUGCUAAGUGCACUGAGCCAUAAACAGGCUUCCCGUCUGGAUCUCUGCCAUCGCUCUCGUCCCUGGAUCCUCAGGCUGAAGAACGCCACCAUCAUCCCCGAUCGGACCUUUGAAACGUGAGGCUUGUGCCCCGUCCAGAAGCGCCAGAGCCCCUCAGGGCCCACGGGCACAGCGGCACUUUAGGACUGUCUGCAAGUCAUGAGUGAAUUUUGGUUGUGCUUCAACUGCUGUAUCGCCGAGCAGCCGCAGCCGAAGAGGCGGAGACGUAUAGAUCGGAGUAUGAUCGGCGAGCCGACUAAUUUUGUCCACACGGCCCAUGUAGGCUCUGGAGAUAUCUUCAGUGGCAUGAACUCUGUGAACUCAAUUCAGAACCAAAUGCAGUCUAAAGGAGGCUAUGAAGGAGAGGCCAUGUCUGUUAAUGUACAGAUGCAGCUGGUGGAUACAAAAGCAGGAUAAUUCGUGUUGUUGG